GCACUACAGGCCACGCCCCUGAGGCGCGCCUCGCCCUAGCCAAUGGUCAUCUUCCCUGGGAACGUUACCUUCAGCUAAUCAGAGACUGCGAGCCAACUCCUCGCGAGAGGUGAGGUUGAAGCUGCCUCCGCCAUCUUGAAGAUGGGAGACGAGGGACAGCUGUGGUCUUUCUGCUAAAGCAAACACCACAACGGACAGGGUAGUCACCCCCCCACGGUGAGGCGAUCGUCCCCGUAACUGCUGAGCAAAACCACCGAAAGCAGCGAGCGUAUCAAAGCCGAGCGCAGCGACCCCGACGGCCCCUUCACCUGCCUCCCGGGCAGAGGGGAAGUGUGGAGGGCCAGAAGGAUGGUGCAGUCCUGUUCCGCCUACGGCUGCAAGAACCGGUACGAUAAGGACAAGCCCGUCUCCUUCCACAAGUUUCCUCUUACCCGUCCCAGUCUUUGUAAACAGUGGGAGGCAGCUGUUAAAAGAAAAAACUUCAAGCCCACUAAGUACAGCAGCAUCUGUUCUGAGCACUUUACUCCAGACUGCUUUAAGAGAGAGUGCAACAACAAGUUACUGAAGGAGAAUGCGGUGCCCACGAUAUUUCUCUACAUCGAGCCGCAUGAGAAGAAGGAAGACAUGGAAUCCCAAGAACAGCUUCCCUCUCCUUCACCCCCCACUUCCCAGGUGGACGCUGCUAUUGGGUUGCUAAUGCCUCCUCUCCAGACCCCUGACAACCUCUCAGUUUUCUGUGACCACAACUACACUGUGGAGGAUACAAUGCACCAGAGGAAGAGGAUCCUUCAGCUGGAGCAGCAGGUUGAAAAGCUCAGGAAGAAACUCAAGACUGCCCAGCAACGGUGCCGAAGGCAGGAGAGACAGCUGGAGAAGCUCAAGGAAGUUGUCCACUUUCAGAGGGAGAAAGACGACGCGUCAGAGAGGGGCUACGUGAUCCUACCAAAUGACUACUUUGAAAUUGUUGAAGUACCAGCAUAAAAAACUGAGGUGUGUUAGUGGGACAAGACUGUAUACCUUCUUUUAGCCUACAUACAGGAGUUCAUUUGAAAAAAUAACACUUAAUUACUUGUAUUAAAAAAAAUAUUUUUUUAAAAUAAAUUAGAUAUAUACUGUACAAUUGUAAUUUUUUUGUUUGUAAUUUCAGAGUUUCUACAUUUUAACAAAAUAUUUAAAAAAAAUCCUUAAACCACCAAUAUAAUGUUGUAUAUUGGUUUCAAGAUGGUGGAUGUUUUUCAUUUGAGUAUUUAUAGAAAUAAUGUAAAAAUAAAAAGUAGAGAGGGUAAUGGUGUGGUAAAAAUGAUUUAAGUUUAAAAGUGAAUGCCCUUUAUUGAGAUAACUUAUAAUUUAAAUCAGAAGUAUAAGUGAGAACAUAGGACAUGCCUUUCUGAAUAUAGAGGUAUACAUACACUCAUUUUGUAUUUAUAGUCAGAGCUUCAUUUAUUUUUCUCAAUCAGAAACGAACUGUCAAGCCAAUAUUUCAGGAAAACAAUAUUUUGCUGUCUUCAGAAAAAUCAUUCCAUAGUUAAUAAUUUCAUAAAGAGUAGAGUUUUAUGAGUAGGUCCUUUUUGUCCCUAGCUUUAUGAAAUUGGAAGUGUGUCUUGGGGAACGGCAGGCCUCCGAGUGAGGUGCUGGCAUCAGUGAGGUGAAAACUUGGGACUGGGCUGGAGAGAGGUUCCGUGGGUGAAGGUGCAUGCGUGCGUGCAAGCCUGGGUUUAACCCCUGGGACCCCUGGAAAGGUGGACGAGAGCCACACCGGUCCGCAGGGUGGCCUUCAGGCUCCCGGGGUGCUGUGGCAACUUUAUAAAGAGAUAAACAUUGGGGCCUGGUAUGCUCAGAUCAUCCCCAGGCUAAAGGCAUCUGAUUCCACAGCUGUUGUUAAAUCUGCAUUCAGACCUCUGACAGAUUAUUUUUGUAGAGUUUGGUUUGUACUAUAGUACAGUACUUUUUCCCUUAAGUAUUUGAUAAUUUUGCCCUUAACUGUUUGAUUUUGGUCAAGACACUGCAUAGGAAAUAUUUUUUUUUUCACUCUUAAGUUAGAAAUGGUAUCCAAUUUACUUCAAGUGACUUACGUUCAAAAGUAAUGUGUCAUGUUUACGUCACCGUUGAGACUUAAAUAUUGCAGUUUCUGUUUACGCUGUGCAUUGUGUUCUGACUGUAAGAAAGCUUACAUAUAUUUGAAAUGAAGAUAUGUUCUGAGUAAACACCUGCUGAUAAAAGAAUUCUCUAGGGUUAGGAGAACCAUAUUUUAUAUUUCAGAGUACACUGUAGUUGAAGAGUAGUGGACCUUUCAAGACAGUAUUAAAGAUAUGUUAUUCCA